AAAGCGUAUCACUCCCUCGUCAAAUUUAAUCACAAUGUUAAAUCACAAGUUAACAAUCAAACACAUAGUAAACACGGUGAAAUAUCACAAGUUUUAUUUAAAUUUUAACACAUUUUGUUAGUGAAAUUUAUUCUAAUUGUUAUUUAAAAAUAGACAUCGAUAAUGUCUAUUGAAAUUUUAGAUGAUUCCUGUUUACUCAGGAUAUUUCGUGAAAUCAAUGAUAAACAAACUUUGAUUAUCUGCUCACUAGUUAAUCGAAGAUGGCAUUCAUUAAUAUUUCCAGAUACAGUGCCCGAAAAGAGAUUUAAUUUAGGGGAAAUUAAAGAACCAAAACACUUGAAGCGCAUAUAUGCUCUCGAUGACUGGGAAAUAGUUGCAGCAGUGACCUAUAAUGUAAAUCCUGACUUUUUGACUGAAUAUGGCAGAAAGAUCAAACAACUUUACAUUUCGGAUAUGGCAUUAGACAAUUUUAAAAAAUAUGUAAAAUGUCUUCCACGAUUAGAACGAUUACAUCUAGCAAAUAGCUCUGGUUCGUCAAGUGAGCGUUAUGAUGGACCUAAACUCGAAAGGCUUGAAAUACUUGAAAUAUGUACAAGAGCUGAUGGUUAUGAACCGUACAGGGGGUUGAGUUUGAUGGAUCGAUGUCCCUAUCUGAAAAGCGCUUACCAUUGUAUCGACACGGAUGAAUUUUUCGUUGAUACACAAGUUGGAAAUUAUCACUUAGAGGAUUUGGUCAUUGAAAAUAUGUUUUCCUCUGACACAGUUAAUUGGCCAACAUUGAAAAAGAUUUUACGAAAAUGUCCUAACUUAAAGCAUCUGGCUAUAAGACAUUUGCACGACACUGAUAUUGAAGAUGAAAAUAUACCAGAAAUGCUGGAAUUAUUACCGAAAGUGGUUCUGAUUGAUUUACGAGUGUCUCCUGGUGUUACUGAAAUAUCUGCUGACUAUGUAAAUGAAUAUUGUAAGCUCCAUAAUCGUUCAAUAUCAUUUUAUUACACUAAGCAACACGAACUCGACAUCAAAGUUGAUUGGCCACAAUUGUCAAAUAAACUUUGUCAGAGCUGUCAUGGCUACAGCUUCAUGGUGCAUUGUUUUCUGAAACCAUUCAACGAUUUACCUAAAGUAAUGGACCCAAUCUUCUUAUUACCGUUAAUUAAAAAGGAGGAAUUGAGGCCUGAGGUUAUACCAGAAGACGAAGACUUAGGUUUUGGUUUAUUCGAUUAAGUACCAUGAAUGAACAAUAUCUACCAUUUUCAACAAUUUAGGGAAUGUAUACAAAUUGAAUCUACUAUUUCAUUGUAUAUUUUGCCAUGUUAUUUUAUAUUAUUACGUGAUGGGACUUGAAAAUCAGGACCUACUUCACAGAUUAAAUUAAUGGUAUUCAACCCAAAAAUUCAAUUUUUAAAGUCAUUUGGUAAAAGCUUUUGGUGGCAAUUUUUUUCGUUAUCGUGUCUAUGUAAUCUCUGUCAUUACUUUCAUUUCCUCAGCUAAAUCAAUGUCGUUUUAUGCUCUUUAGACUUUGCAAGCAAAUAGAGAAAUCGAGAAAAUAGAAUUAACUGAUUUAUUAAAAUUUGGGUUUUUAUAACAUUGUGAAUAGGUUUGUUUAAAAAUAAUGAAAAAAUUGGCUACCUUAACCGGCAGUUUGUUUCAAAGGCAUUAUAGAGUUUACUGUCGUGCUUGUAUUGGUCAAUUUAACACGCCUAAGCUGUUGACAACAUAUUCAAACACUGCUUUCAAGCAACAACCAGUCUUUAAACAGUUGCAUUCAACGUUUAGCUUUCAUAAGAGAAACAUGGGUGAUGAAGUUAAAAAGGCUCAAGAAGCCUCACCUAACGAUGAGGACACCAUUUUUGGCAAAAUUUUGAGAAAGGAGAUUCCAACUAAUUUCAUUUACGAGGAUGACCAGUGUGUUGCUUUCAAUGAUAUAAAUCCAUGUGGUCCCAAGCAUUUCCUGGUUAUUCCAAGAAAGAGAAUCAUUCAAUUGUCCAAAGCAGAAGAUGAUGAUGAACAGCUGCUUGGGCACUUGAUGUUAGUUGCUAGGAAAGUCGCCAAACAAGAGGGGUUAGAUAAAGGUUUCCGAAUUGUCAUCAAUGAUGGACCUCAAGGUUGCCAAUCUGUUUACCAUCUUCACAUUCAUGUUAUCGGUGGACGACAAUUGUCAUGGCCUCCUGGUUGUAGUUAAAGAUCACUACUAAUUUUUAUCACCUUAUUCGUGAUACUGGAAGUCCAAGUCUGAAUCUUGAUUAUCUUUUGCUCACAAAAUUUGAUGAAAAAAACUAAUAAAUUCAUUAAAAUUCUUCUAUAGUUGA